GGGGGGGCCUGCCCCGCGCCCCGACAGCAGGAUGUACACGGCCGGCCUGGCCCCUUUCUACGCCUCGAACUUCAGCCUGUGGUCCGCGGCGUACUGCUCCGCGUCCGGCCCGGGCGGCUGCUUCCCCCUGGAGCACGCCGCGGGGAAGAAGCCUUCGUUCUGCAUCGCAGACAUCCUGCACGCCGGGGCCGGCGAGGCCGAGAGCCUGCCCGGGGGGUCCGCCGCCAGCCUGGCCGCUCACUUGGGAGCGGUCCAUGCCCACGCCCCGUUCCACCCCUCCGGCUCCCCCCGCCCCCCCCCCCCGCACCGAUCGCCCGGAGCGGCCAGUAGCAGCGGCGCCCCGACCCCGGGCCGGCUGCAAGGGAACCAAACGCACAACUCCUCGGCUCCGGCUCCUUCCAGCAAAGACCUGAAAUUUGGGAUUGAUCGGAUUUUGUCCGCGGAGUUUGAUCCCAAAGUCAAGGAAAGCAACACGCUGAGAGAUCUGACCUCCUUAUUAACUACAAGCCGCCAAACUGGGGUUCAUCUCCCCACCUUGCAGCCUUCAGCCGGCCAGUUCUUCGCGUCUCUAGAUCCCAUUAACGAGGCCUCUACUAUUCUCGGUCCCUUAAACACAAACUCAAGGAAUUCAGUUCAGCACCAGUUUCAAGACACUUUUCCAGGUCCUUAUGCGGUUUUAACGAAGGACACGUUGCCUCAAACAUACAAAAGAAAACGUUCUUGGUCCAGAGCGGUUUUUUCCAAUCUACAGAGGAAAGGGUUAGAGAAAAGAUUUGAAAUUCAGAAAUAUGUCACGAAACCGGACAGAAAACAACUUGCAGCGAUGCUGGGACUGACUGAUGCCCAAGUGAAGGUCUGGUUCCAGAACAGACGCAUGAAAUGGAGACACUCCAAGGAAGCGCAGGCCCAGAAGGAGAAGGAGAAGGAACCUGCCGAGAAGGCCAGCGCGCUAGCCGCGGCCGAGGGCGAGCGGGAGCAGAGCCCCAGCCCGCCUUUAGAGAGGGAGCCGGAGCGCCCGAGUGAUUUCCUAAACUCAUCUUACAACAUAAGUAUAAAAGAGUUGCAGCAAGGAAAAAAAGAAAACCAUAAUCUCUUUUACUUGGAACCGGUAUCAAAUAUCACAGAAAAAACUAACAAGGAAUUUCUGCACCUCUGUUCAACAAAAUAUCUGCGAGCCCAGCGCGAUAGUCACCUGAACAUUGUGGAAACAAGAAAAAUAUUUCACAAAGAGCCUUUUUUAAAAAAUGGGGACAUAGAGACUCUGCUAACUGCUCAAAGGCCUGAUUCAAUUCAAAAUAUGCAGAAUCUGCACUGGAGAAAAUAA